UUCAAAUACCUGGGGUUUAUUCUAUGAAAAUUACUGAAUUAAGAUAAUGAGAAGGAUCCUUUUCUAUCAAGUCAUUUUCUUGGAGCAUACAGAAACAGAUCCAUCCAUCUAAAAAGAAGGGAGAUGGCAGCAACAAAGAAUGAACCCAAAGCCCAUAAGGUCCAGCUCCAACAGAAAUACUGGCUAAAGGACACAAGUAAAACCAAGCUGCUGCAGCUUCAGGCAAUAUGCCUGGAUAAGGUUACUGAGCAAGAGCACUACUAUGACACUGCUUUACAUGAGCUCGCUAUGACUCAAAUCUGGCUUAGUCAAAAAAAUCAACAGUGGCAUCUUAUAGUGGCUUCUCAGAAGCAAGAAACAAGGGGCAAUGCAUCUACCACUGAAUUAUCUCCCAAGAUGUGGAAUACUCUGCACCUGGAUAAAACAGAUGCCAGCCGUGUCAAGCUCCACACCCACAGCCUCACCAAAGAGCUCCCAGAGAACGGACUGACAGCAUCAGCAAACAUUAGCAAGCGAGAUGAGCUGCAUUUUCAUUCCAACAAAGCAACCAACAGAGGCAUUCAUAUGGAACGCACUUCAACUUAUGCUGAACUAGUAACAGAAAGAGAGAUAAUUACAUAUCUGGCACACUUUCUUCACAUUGGUUUGACAAAAGAGGAAGAAAGAAAUAUGACGGUAAAAGACUUUUUGCAGCUAGCAGGAAUACAACAUUAUGCAAGCUAUCACCAUACCAAACAGGUAACAUACACACUGUACGGAAUUUAUACCAUUAUUAUACAGAUGGAUGAAAAGACUUCCAAGGAGUCAGCUACUAUAUUGGUGGACACAGAUAUUUUUAACGUAGCCAAGUGUUUUGAAGAAAUAGAAAAGUUAGCAAGCGACCUGGAGCUGCAACGUCAAACACCUUGAGUCAAUAAAGACAGACCUAGCAUCAAGUCAUAGAACCUUUAAAAACAAGGUCAAGUUCCUGAAGGAUCAAUAUUUCAAUGAAUCAAUUAUAAUAAAAUGAUCAACUUGCACUAAACAACACAGAAGAACUUAAGAAACUUUUAUUCUUGGAGAUUUUUUAAAUCAUGGUUGUCAAGUCAUCCGAUUUACCUUUUUUCCAGUCUUUAACUCCCUCCCCACCCCCCUUACAGCAGAAUCUUAUAAACCAAUUCAUGGUAGCAACAACAGCCUCUUUAGUGCGAGCACAUAUUACUAACCCCAGAAAACCUAAUACUAUAGGAACAAUUUCACAGUUAAUUUUAUUUUCAUAAGAUUACUUAAGUACUCAGAUAUUAUGUUUUAUAUCACCUUUUCUCUCUCUCCUGGCAUUGAGACCCUGUAGGAACAAGAUGUCUAUCAGCCCUCUUUUUAACAUUCAGACAACUUCUGUUUUUCUUAAACUAAAUAAAAAGGAAGGAUCUUCUUCCAUGAAGAGCAAGAACACCUGUAUCCUAUCACCCUAAGAAAUCUUUGCCUCUACUCAAACACAGGCAUUUACCGUGUCAGACCAGUUGUGUAACUGCUACUUUUUCAGAAAGUAAAAUAUGGCCAUGUCUUCCAUAUUUAAACAAUCUCGCGCACAGGCAGAAACUUGCAUGAGACAGAGGCAAAGCACAGUAAAUAAAUAAAAUCACCAUAUCACCUGCACCCUCAUUAUUUGAUUCAUUCAAUGCCUGCUUAUAUUCAAGCAUUUCUGGGCAAUUCCUAAAAGAGACAUUCAAAAACAGCCUUCCUAGAUCACAAGGGAGACUCACAAGGGUCUCCUUGCUGCUAUUCUGCAGCAGUCUAGGAUAACCUGGGAUAAUAGGUUCUGGAUAAGAGGAAUUUAAAAGUUGUUAAAUUACUACAACCCACUAAAAGACACAAGCAUGCAAGAGAUGCAAACAAGCACUAAGAGAUGCAAGCAAGCAGAGGCCGACGACAACACCCACACUGGCACUAGCCGUC